AUGAAAAUUCUUAUCAUAAAUGGUUAUGGGAAGAGUUACAAAGGAAUGAAAAACUUUGAGCAAUAUAAAUUGAUCAUAAAAGAAGCUUUACUUAGUAAGAAAGAGAUGAUUGAUACUGAAAUUGAUUUCAUUAUACGAGACAGAGAUUCUAUCGAUGACUUGUUGUAUGAAAUAGACAGUUCUUUUGUGAGAGUUGAAUGUGGGAAAAUGUUCGAUUCAAUAGAUAUUAUAUUUUUUGAAGGAGAUGCAAAUCUUAGACCUUGGUCUCCUAAUGCAUAUAAAUAUUUAAUUUUGCUAAGGAUGUGUCUCAGAAGCAACAAAAUCCUCUUUGCAUCCUCAUUUGCCAUGUAAGGUCUGGUUUUCUUGAUAGCAUCAAAUGUUGAGUGUUAAAUAAGCGUUAUUAAUGGAUUAAAUGGAGGAUAAUUGGGAGAUCUCUCGAAGAUCAAAAAGGACUUGACUGAUAUAAAACAGACAGAUUUCUUUCUUGACAAUGUGACAGGUGACUUAUAUGGAUUCAAUUAUGAUACUGGGGAGUGGAUAAGUAAAGGAAAUGCUGGAAUUCAUUUUAGAAAAGCUGCUGAGGAAUUUAAAACUAUUGGUAAAUACAUAAUGAAAGCACCUCAAUACAAAGUUAAAGGAAUGAAAGAAUUGGAUGCUCUGUAUGUGUCCAAAGAAAACGAAAUUGUUUGUUCUUUACGAAAAAAUCAAAUGCAUCAUUUCUUAUUUAAUGAUAUACCAUUUGAAUUUGUUGUUCCUUAUAAGAAUUCUUGGGAUGUGCAUCCAUUCAACUUUGUGAAUCCAAAGAAGACAUUUUAAACAUUGGCUGAUUGCACCAAAGGCCCUUUGAUUAUACAGAUAUCAGACAAUAUUAUUGGGACACAAUUUGCUAUAAAAAGAAAAUACAAAGAUACAACUGUGGUCUUAAAGAAUUACAUGGGAUAUCAAUUGACUAAAUUGUGUUCAGGAUAGGCUCACUCGAUACCAAUUGAAAUUGCAUCAAUUAAACAAAAUGAUAAUGCUAUGGACAUCUAUCUAGAACAUAUGAGUAAAAAUAAAUAUUAAGCACAUUAAAAAACAAUAAAAUUUAAUGUGAUUACAGAGUUUCAUCAUGCUGGUUAUGCUGCCAAGAAAUCUAAUAAAUUGGAUGUUGUUGUAAACAAUGCAAUUGGUAAGAGAAAAUUCAAAUAGUAAAUGUAGAAAAUGCCAACCAAAGAAUUAGAUAAAAUGUUAUCAAAUGAUAAUUCAUAUAGAUAAACUGCUAGAACUUCGAACAAUUAAUCUCGAAAAUUUGUUUCAUUUGCUAAUUCUCAAAAUGGCUUAAAUUCCCCUUUAAAAGGUUAAAUAUUAACUUAAUUUGAUGAUCCGAUUGAAUAAAAACCCUAAUUCCACAAAACUUCCGGGGAGAUUAUGAAAUUGCUUCACCCAUCAAUCGAUGAUUCUUUGGUUGAAUCAAAUAACAAACAAAUAUGGGUGCCUGGCUUCUUGUCUCAAAACCGGGGGGUGAAGUUGUCAAAUCAUGGUUAAAAAGAAUCUUGGAAUUAAAAAUUAGCUUUUAGAAAGACCUACUAAAAUCCAAUGCAAAUUGAGACAUAAUUUGAUAAUAUUUACAAAACACAGAAACAACUUGAAUUGGAAGAGGAGAGAGAGAAAUGCAAAAAAAUCAUUGGACCUAAAUAAUUUCGUUGUGGCACUCCUUCAUAAUCUAAUUUGGUUACAGCAUACAUCAGUAGAAAUUAAUCAGUGCCACAACAUCAAUUUAGAAUCACGGAAAAAGACAAAUGGAUUUCUCCUCAGGAUUUCAAAGUUUGA